GGAAUUCUGCACGCGAGUAUAAUCAAUAUGACAGGAAAAAAAGAGAGAAAAAGGGCCAGCGAAAUUUCAGAGCUGGCGAACUUAUCACGCUUCCGCUACUCGUUCAGAUAGAAAGAGACAGCAAGGAUGGGUAAAAAGGACAAAAAAUCCGCCGAACGCAAAGAGCGGGUCGCAGCCAAACAAUCUAAAAAGGCCGAUAAAAAGGAUAAAAAGAAUAAAGUCAAAGGCCGAGAUGCGGACAGCGAUGCUGAAGAUGUUGAUCUCGAUGCUGUGCUAGCAGCAUAUGCCGAGGAACAGGCGAAAUUCCUGAAAGUGACAGAAGUGACAUCUGGUCCACCUACGCCGCGGUCAUCAUCAACCAUUGUGGCCUCUCCAUCUAACAAAAAUGAAUUGCUGGUUUUUGGUGGCGAGAAUUUUGAUGGCACGCUUGCAACUUUUUACAACAAUCUCUAUGUCUAUUUGAUUGACCGUGGGGAGUGGCGGGAAGUUACGAGUCCAAAUAGUCCGCUGCCGAGGAGUGGGCAUGCCUGGUGUCGUGGUGGGAAUACUGGCGGUGUCUAUCUAUUUGGAGGAGAGUUCUCAUCUCCUAAACAAGGCACUUUUUAUCAUUACAAUGACUUCUGGCAUUUGGACCCUUCUACUCGCGAAUGGAGCCGAAUCGAACCCAAAGGCAAAGGCCCUCCAGCUAGAAGUGGCCACAGGAUGACAUAUUUCAAAAACUAUAUCAUCCUGUUCGGUGGAUUUCAGGACACCUCUCAACAAACCAAGUAUCUUCAAGAUCUCUGGAUCUACGACUGUGCGAAUUUCACAUGGCACAACCCAGCACUCCCUCCUGCAUCGGGGAAACCUGAUGCAAGAUCCUCGUUUAGUUUUCUGCCUCAUGAAUCAGGCGCUGUAUUAUACGGCGGUUAUUCCCGUGUCAAAGCAUCGACCGGGGUUGGUGGAAAGCCGGUGAAAAACGGACCACAACGAGUGAUUCUCAAGCCAAUGGUCCACCAAGAUACCUGGUUUCUGCGUAUCACACAGCCGGGGGCAGAUGUCCCAGCUUCUACAGGCCCUAGCGUGCGAUGGGAACGCCGGAAAAAGCCUGCUAAUGCGCCAAAUCCUGCGCGAGCUGGUAUCACGAUGGCCCACCACAAAGGACGAAGUAUCAUGUUCGGCGGUGUUCAUGAUAUUGAAAUGAGUGAAGAAGGCAUUGACAGCGAGUUCUUCGAUACCAUGUUUGCUUGGAACUUGGAGCGGAAUCGCUUCUUUCCACUCACCCUCCGUCGUCCAAAAGCCCCUGGCAAGAAGCAACAAAACCAGGCAAACAAGUCUCGAAACCGAAGCAAAGCCGACGAAGAAGAAUUGUUGAAAAACUUGGCUGCCUUAGAGGCUAAGAGGGGUAUAGUUCAAGAAGAGGGUGACGAUAUGGAUAUUGACAGUCCCAAAGUCGAAGAAGAGCAGGCUGAACCAGCCACUCCGGCAGUUGUUCGUUUUGAAAUGCCACAUCCUCGUUUCAAUGCGCAAUUGACAGUGCAAGAAGACACACUAUUCAUAUUUGGCGGGACUUUCGAGAAGGGAGACCAAGAGUUCACCUUCAAUGAUAUGUAUUCUAUUGAUUUGGUCAAGCUUGAUGGCGUGAAAGAAAUCUUCUACAACGAGCCCGCCAACUGGAAUGUACUGAUUGAAGAAAGCGAAGAUGAAGACGAAGAAGGGGAUGACGAUGAAGAAAUGGAGGAUGACGAAGAGGAAGAGGCAAUGUCAGUCGACCCCCCCUCCGAGGUUCCCACGGAGAUCACGGUGCCGUCUGUGACGCGCGACAUGGAGCAACUCGACGUUGAGGAGACAGAAACGGAGUCUACAGUGAAAGACGACCGACCACAUCCACGUCCAUUCGAGAAUUUACGUGAUUUCUUUGCUCGUACGACUACUGAGUGGCAGAAUUAUCUAAUGGAUAAAAUGAAGAGUAAGGGAGAUGCUUCAGAGAAGACAAUCAAGGAGCUUCGAAAGGAGGCUUUUGAUCUCGCUGAAGAGAAAUGGUGGGACAGUCGCGAAGAGAUCAUGGCACUUGAAGAUGAACAGGAGGCAGCUGGAAUCGGGGAGGUUGUUAGUAUUGCAGACAGGAAAGAAGGCAGCGGUGCCACACGUCGACGAUAAAUAAAUUAAUUGUGUUGUCUAUACCCCAGAGUAGAAAUAAAUAAAAGU